AUGCCUUCAAGCAAUUAUGUGCCGGAACGUACUCGUAGUAGGCAAAUCUCAAGCCAUUAUGCAUCGGAACACUCUCGUAGUAGACAAAUCUCAAUUAAUAUAAAAGAAGGUGAGAAGGACAAUUUAACCACCGAACCUAUAUCAUUAUCAUGGAAAGAUUUAUCAUAUACGAUAACUGACCCAAAAAGCAAAAAGCAAAAGUGUAUAAUUCGAAAUGCGAGUGGAAUCGUUAAACCUGGAGAAGUCUUGGCUAUCAUGGGACCAAGUGGUGCAGGAAAAUCAACAUUCCUAGAUUUAUUAGCUGGACUGGAAGGAUAUUUUGUGAGAAGAGACGCAAUCCCAAAACUUUGGAAAUGGGCUCAUUAUAUAGAUUAUCAAAAAUACGCAUUUGAGGCUAUCAUCAAAAAUGAUUUCCUUGGUUUGACUUUUGAUUGUUCACAAGCCAAUUGUAAAUGUAGUUCGGAUGAAUUGGUUCGAGUAGUAUUACCAGUUUCUGAAAAGAUCCCUGUGCUUAAACCAAAUAAACCUCCUAGUUCGGGAGACGCUUACUUAAACGCUUACUUAAGUUUGGUAAGGAAUGAAGCCAAGAAAAUGCCUGAUAUCAUAAUGGCAAAACACCCCAUAAAGCGAGUACCAAUCAAUAACAAUUCGAAUGUCAAGAUGGCGGCUUGGGUAAGGACUGGCUGGGCAAAUUUAGAAAAUGAUGACAAUGACGACGACGACAAUGGACAACAAGAUAACAAAGUGAAUAAUAGUGUAGUAAAUAAAGAAUGGGAGGAAAGAUUUUUAUUUAGAUUUGAAAAAUUAAGAAAGGAUUUAGAAGAAUUUAAAAUGUCUAAUGAUAUAUCAGGUGUAAAAAAACUACCAAAGCGUCAAGAUGAACCUGGUUGGUUUAAAUUUUGUUAUGGCGAGCAAGAAAAAACAAAUGAACUGGAGGAAAUUAAAAUGAUAUGUUCGCCUAGCUUAAGCAUUAUAAAAAGAUUAGAUCAGGCAACUACAUAUUCAGUCCUUUCAUAUCAUAUCAAAUGGUUAAAAGAUGAUGAUAUUACAGUCAGACAAUCUCAAUGGAUGUUUGCGCUUUUAUUACAUCUUGAUAAAUUAUUAACUGCGGGACAAAUAAGUAAUUUGCGAGUACUAUGCAAAAAAUGUAUUGAAAUUCGUGGAAAUCUGGUGGUUGAAAAGAACGAUCAAAAAAUCGCAAUGUUAAAUAUAAUAAUCACAAUUGUAAAAAGGUAUUUUGGUCAGCAAGAUCUUGGCUAG